GGCUUCAAAGCAUGGGCAGGCAGCGGACAGAGAGCAGGGAGCUCUCUCUCACACACGCUGCUAUCACACACUGUUUGUGGAUGCAGACAGUGUGGUCGAUCUAUUGUGAAUAACCUAAUAUUUUUUUGAAGGCUACAAAAGGAUCUCCAUCAUGGAUUUCAAAUCGGAAGGGAUUAACCUUGCGACUUUGCGCGCUCUGCUCCUGGCAUGUGUGACUCUGCUGAUCUCCCUCCACCUGUGGCGCUGGCUCCGGCAGCGGUCGAUCCCCUGCCCGCCCGGUCCGCUCGCCUGGCCGGUCGUCGGGAACGCACCGCAACUUGGCAACGCACCGCACCUGUAUUUUACGCGCAUGGCUAAAAAAUACGGCAACGUCUUCCAGAUUAAACUGGGCUCCCGGACUGUUGUGGUGCUAAACGGGGACUCCAUCAAACAGGCGCUGGUCAAGCAGGGGGGCGACUUUGCCGGCAGACCGGACUUCGCCUCUUUCCGGUACAUCUCCGAGGGAAACAGCCUUGCGUUUGGCACCAUGACGGACUGGUGGAAGAUGCACCGCAGAGUGGCCCAGUCCACCGUCCGGAUGUUUUCCACCGGGAACAUGCACACCAAAAAGACUUUUGAGCACCACAUCCUCUGCGAGUUCAGACAGCUGCUGCAGCUGUUUGUGGAGAAAACCAAGGAGGAGCAAUAUUUCCAGCCCAUGACUUAUCUCGUGGUGUCCACCGCCAACAUAAUGAGCGCGGUAUGCUUUGGGAAGAGGUACUCCUACGAGGACGAGGAGUUUCGCGGGGUGGUGGGCAGGAAUGACCAGUUCACCCAGACUGUGGGGGCUGGGAGCAUAGUGGACGUGAUGCCCUGGCUCCAAUAUUUCCCCAACCCCAUCAAAACCAUAUUUGACAACUUCAAGAAGCUCAACCUGGAGUUUAGCGCGUUCAUACGAGAUAAAGUUGUUGAACACAGAAAAACAAUCCAGUCAAGCACCAUCAGAGACAUGACAGAUGCUUUUAUACUGGCUAUGGAUUCUCUAAGAGACAAAUCAGGGCUCUCAUCAGGGAAGGACUAUGUGCCCCCCACUAUGGCGGACAUCUUUGGAGCGAGUCAAGACACACUGUCAACUGCACUGCAGUGGAUCAUCCUCAUCCUUGUCAAGUUUCCUGAGAUGCAGGUGAUACUCCAGCAAGAGGUGGACAAGGUGGUGGACCGCAGCCGCCUGCCCUCCAUUGAGGACCAGCCACGGCUGCCUUACGUCAUGGCCUUCAUCUACGAGGUGAUGCGCUACACCACUUUCGUGCCGCUCACCAUCCCCCACUGUACCACCGUGGAAACCUCCAUCAUGGGCUACACCAUACCAAAAGACACAGUUGUCUUUAUCAACCAGUGGUCAAUCAACCGCGACCCGUCCCUGUGGUCCCACCCAGAGAUCUUUGACCCCCAGCGCUUCCUGGACCAGAACGGAGCACUGAACAAGGACCUGACUAGCAAUGUCCUCAUCUUCUCCCUGGGUAAGCGGCGGUGUAUUGGCGAGGAGCUGUCUAAGCUGCAGCUGUUCCUCUUCAUCGCCCUGAUAGCACACCAGUGCAACAUCACUGUGGAUCCGGCCAGGCCGGCCAGACUGGACUACAAUUAUGGUCUGACUCUGAAACCUCAUGCCUUCUCCAUCGGAGUGACUCUACGGGAUGAUAUGAAGCUGUUGGAUGUGUCUACAAGGUUGUCCGUCCCUGAGGAGGUCAAGGACGAGCCCUCAUCAGACUCAUACACAAAGACAUGAAUCAAAACUGUAAUAAGCAGAAAUAAAAUGAAGGCUGAAUCACAAAGGGCUCAUGAACUAUGGCUCAUGUUUGUGGGCUGAAAACUACAUUUAAAAGCUGAAAUCUCAGGCUAAAUUCUUAUCACUGAUUACUGACUCAUGUUUAAGUAUUAUAGUGUCAGGAGGGAACAGAUGUGGCAUCUGUUUGACACAAGAAACGGCAUGGUGUGUGCACUUCACAUCAGUCUGGUCUCCUACAGUAUCAAACACAAUCUGACAUUUAGCAAUUCUUUUGAUUCAUCAAGGCGGAUGACUGCAGUUAGCUGCACAUCACUGGAGAUCAGCCUCAAUCAGACCUCAGUGCAGUUAACAAUAUGAUUACAGGAGCCUGAACAGCUGCUGUAUCACACCUUUGUGAUUUUAGUGUGAAGGCCAUUGCUGCAAGAACUGAUUGAAACCAUCAAGCAAAUGUCUUGCUUUCUUUGAACAUUUUUGCUGUCAGACGAAAAAAAUGACAACAAAAAAAAAAACAAUUUAUCUCCAGAAAUGUCAGCUUUUCAUAAAUCCCUUUAAUUUGGCUGCAAUUAAAAUGCUUCUCUUUUUGAUAAGGGUUCCAAAAGUAACCCUUUGAAACCUAAGCAAAUUGGCUUGUUGGCAACUGGCAAGAGGGCAAUGAGCAACUUAACAGGAAAU